AUGAUUAAUUUUAGUUCUCGAUGUGGUUCAUUAUUUCAAACAACAGGUGUAAAAACUCUUACUACGUCGAAUUGGAUUCGAUGUGCUAGUGCUUCGUCAAAACCUCCAACUGUUAAAAAUUGGAUUAAUGGACGAGCUGUGGAAUCAAAAACUAAUGAUUGGAUUGAACUUACUAAUCCAUCAACAAAUGAAGUUAUUGGUUUAGUACCAAAAAGUACUCAAGCUGAAAUGAAUGAAGCUGUUGAAAGUUGUAAAGAAGCAUUUCGUACAUGGUCAAAAACCACUAUAUUACAACGACAACAAGUCAUGUUUCGUUAUCAAGAUCUUAUAAAAAAGAAUUUAAAAAAAGUUGCAGCAAAUAUAUCUAAAGAACAAGGUAAAACAUUAACAGAUGCUGAAGGUUCAUGUUUACGUGGUUUACAAGUUGUUGAAUCAUGUUGUUCAGUAACAUUUUUACAAACUGGUGAAACAAUGCAUAGUAUUGCAAAAGAUAUGGAUAUUCAUAGUUAUCGAGUACCAUUAGGUGUUUGUGCUGGCAUUGCACCAUUUAAUUUUCCAGCAAUGAUUCCACUUUGGAUGUUUCCGGUAGCAACUGUUUGUGGAAAUACGAUGCUUAUGAAACCAUCUGAACAAGAUCCUGGCGCAUGUAUGAUGCUUGUUGAAUUAGCUAAAGAAGCUGGUUUACCUGAUGGUGUUGUUAAUUGUAUUCAUGGUCAACAUGAAGCUGUUACAUUUAUUUGUGAUCAUCCUGAUAUUCGAGCUAUAUCAUUUGUUGGUUCUGAUACAGCUGGUAAUUACAUAUAUGAACGUGGUUCAAAAAAUGGUAAACGUGUGCAAUGUAAUAUGGGAGCCAAAAACCAUGGUGUUAUUAUGCCUGAUGCUAAUAAAGAACAAGCAUUAAAUCAACUUGUUGGUGCAGCAUUUGGUGCAGCUGGUCAACGAUGUAUGGCAUUAUCCACGGCAAUAUUUGUUGGUAAAGCACGUGAAUGGAUUCCAGAGUUAGUUGAAAGAUCUAAAAAAUUACGUAUUAGUGCUGGUUAUGAAGCAGGAGCUGAUUUAGGACCGGUUAUAUCAAAAAAAGCUAAAGACCGUGUUCUUCAAUUAGUUGAGACUGGUAUAAAUGAAGGUGCAAAAUUAGUUUUAGAUGGACGAAAUGUUAAAGUACCUGGUUAUGAAAAUGGUAACUUUGUUGGUCCAACAAUUUUACAUGAUGUUAAACCAAAUAUGACAUGUUAUAAAGAAGAAAUUUUUGGUCCUGUACUUGUUUCAAUGAGUGUUGAUACAUUAGAUGAAGCUAUAAAAAUAAUUAAUGACAAUCCAUAUGGUAAUGGUACAGCUAUUUUUACAACAAAUGGAGCUACAGCUAGAAAAUUCACACAAGAAAUUGAUGUUGGACAAAUCGGUGUUAAUGUUCCAAUUCCAGUACCACUUCCAAUGUUUUCAUUUACUGGCUCACGUGGUUCAUUCCGUGGUGAUACAAAUUUCUAUGGACGAAAUGGAAUGAAUUUUUAUACUCAAUUAAAAACAGUAACUUCAGCAUGGCGACAAGAAGAUGCAACACCAGUUGAUGUUCAAAUGUCAAUGCCAACAAUGUAA